AGGACCAAUAUUUAUCGCCGUUCACUUCGAGUCAGGAAAGACUCAUUUGUUUCGCAGUUGAUAAAACUCGUUUAUUGCACCAUGGCGUACUACAAGGGAGCUGCCUCCGAAGGAGGCCGUGCUGCACAACUGAUGAAACGGCGUGAACUAGCGCAACAAGAGGUUGAGUUCCGGAAAAAGAAAAUCGAGGAGGAUCUGAAAGUGAGCAACAUCGAAAACAAAUUUGCAGCUCAUUAUGAUGCGGUGGAACAGCAGCUUAAAAGUUCCACGAUUGGGUUGGUUACCCUAGAUGAAAUGAAAGCUAAGCAGGAAGAUAUAGUAAGGGAACGUGAGAAAAAACUCGCUCAAAAGAAGGAAGAAAAAGACAAAGAAAAACUUAAGGCACUUGAGGCCAAACUGGCCGAAAAGGAUCGCCAGAAACGACAGAUACAAGCACUCUCAUUCGAUCCUGAAGAUGAACCUGAUGAAGACGGGGAUGACGAUGCAAAGCAAUCAGACGAGGAAGACAUCAAGGAAGAUCUUAACCUGAAACUCUCCUGGAAGGAGCAGGUUCCAAGUGGGGUAAAGAAAAUUCGCAAAAACCCGGACGUCGAUACUUCUUUUCUGCCCGAUCGAGAGCGCGAAGAACGUGACAACAGGUUACGUGAAGAGCUGCGCCAGGAGUGGGCGAUGAAACAAGCGACACUCAAGGACCAAGAAAUUACUAUCACGUUCAGUUACUGGGAUGGCUCGGGCCAUCGCAAGUCGGUAGCUAUGAAAAAAGGCAAUUCCAUUUAUCAAUUUCUUCAAAAAUGUCUCGAAAUGCUACGCAAGGAUUUCAGCGAGUUGAAGACGGUAAUGGCCGAUCAAUUGAUGUACGUGAAGGAAGAUUUGAUUCUUCCGCAUCAUUACACGUUCUAUGACUUCAUAGUAACGAAAGCUCGAGGAAAAAGUGGUCCUUUGUUCAACUUUGAUGUGUUUGACGAUAUUCGUAUGAUAAGCGAUGCCACUGUCGAAAAGGAAGAUUCCCAUGCAGGCAAGGUACUUUUGCGUUCGUGGUACGAACGGAAUAAGCAUAUAUUCCCCGCCUCUCGUUGGGAACCAUACGAUCCUACGAAGGUCUACGAUAAGUACACAAUUAAGGACAAGAGUAAGAAAUAAGCUAUUUUAUAAUUUAAUUGUAACCAAAUAUU